UCCUCCUCCUCCUCCUCCUCCUCCUCCUCCUCCUCCUCCAUCACCUCCUCCUCCUCCUCCUCCUCCUCCUCCUCCUCCUCCUCCUCCUCCUCCUCCUCCUCCUCCUCCUCCUCCUCCUGCUGCAGCUCCACCUAGCGAGAUGUGGAGGCCUUGGUGGGUGGCGGCGGUGGUGGUGGUGGUGGUGGUGGAGGUGGUGGUGGUGUCCAACGUCGCCACGGCCACCAAGAUGCACUACAUCCACUGGAACACCUCAAAUCCUAUAUUCCGGAUAGACAACACAGACCACAUUAUUGACGUGAACAAGGGUAAUGUGCCGUUUGAAUACGACCAAGUCAAUAUCAUCUGUCCGGUGUACAAAGACACCACACAGGACGAUGCUGAGAAGUACAUCAUCUAUAACGUGAGCAAAGAGGAGUAUGACACCUGCCGCAUCACCAACCCCUCCCCGCGUGUCAUUGCUGUGUGCGACAAGCCGUAUAAGCUGAUGUACUUCACCAUUACCUUCCGCUCCUUUACACCCCAGCCAGGCGGUCUUGAGUUUCGGCCCGGCCAAGACUACUAUUUCAUAUCCACCAGCAGUAAGGACGACCUCCAUCGCCGUAUUGGGGGUCGUUGCUCCACCCACCACAUGAAGGUCGUUUUCAAGGUGUGCUGUGACCCCGCCUCCCAGCCAGCCCGCGACCAAGCCAACAACCACCUGCCUGCUAGCGGCCCCUCCACCACCAGGGGUACUACCACCACCACCACCACCUCCUCCUCCACCUCCUCCUCCUCCUCCUCCAAACCUUCCACCACCACCACCACCCCAAAGACCACCACCACCACCACCUCCUCCACCACCACCACCACUAAAUCUAUCCACCACAAGGACUCCCAACCACCUGAUAAGUCCACUAACAAGAAGACAGACACACGGCAACCAGAUCGCAGUGAGAACGAGGUGGUUAAGAAUGAAGAAUUGACUCUCAACACCACCACCACCGCCACCACCACCACCACACUACUACUGCUGUGUCUGCUCCUUACUUUCUACCACCAACACCACCACCACCACAGCCUGCCACAGCGCACCCACAGGAGAGGGAAAAGUGGAGAUGUGGGAGAAAUUUUAUCUCCACCUCCUCCUCCACCUCCUCCACCUCCUCCUCCUCUGUUUCUCUCUCCAGUGAGGGUCGUGGUGGCUUCCUCCAAAUUUUCUCUCCAUCUUAGGAAGGAGAGAAAAAUGUUAAUGCGGUUUUUUGAAGGAGAGAGAAAGUGAGAGAGAGAGAGAGAGAGAGAGAGAGAUAUGUAAAUGGAGGAAGA